AUGUCCUCUGCGACUGCGAGUGAUAGUGUGGCGCCGUGGUACACCGCGUCGACCGUCGUCGCGAGGCCCCUGUUCGGGUCCCACGUGUUCAGGAUCGACGGGUACUCCCGAACAAGGCGAUUCGGCGCCGGCACCUGCCUCACAUCUGCGACGUUUUCCGUCGGAGGCCAUCGCUGGUGUAUCAAGUACUACCCCGAUGAUGUUUAUCCACCUAUCAUCACACACCGUGAUGAGCUAUGCAUCCGUCUUCAUCACAAGGAUGCCAAUAGAGUCAAAGCGCAGUGCAAGAUUUCUUUGCUCGACCAGGAAGGGAACCCAACCAGACUGACUUACGCUGGUAGUAGAACCUUCUCCGACAAAGCUGGGCAUUUUGGUUUCCAUCUAUACGUCAAAUGGAAAGAGUUUGAGGAAUCUGUUUGUCUGAAAGAUGAUGUUUUCAGAGUGCGAUGCGAUGUCACCGUCAUAAAGGACGUCGUCACGCAGGACAUCCCACCGCGCGUCGUGGUGCCGCCGUCCGACAUGCAUCAGCAUCUUGGCCGGCUUCUCUCGGCCGGCGAUGGGGCCGACGUCACGUUUCAGGUGGGCAGUGAGACGUUUGCAGCACACAAAUACAUGCUUGCUGCUCGGUCAUCGGUCUUCAUGGCGGAGCUCUUUGGUCCGAUGAAGGAGAAGACAUCAUCUUCCGUGCGGAUCGACGACAUGGAAGCUAGAGUGUUCAGAGCCCUGCUUCAUUUCGUCUACACCGACUCUCCGCCUGAAAUGGAUAAAGACGACACAGUAACAAUGUCCCAACAUUUGCUUGUAGCAGCUGACAGGUAUAACUUGGAACGGCUGAAGUUGAUGUGUGAGGAAAAGUUGUGCAAGCACAUCGACAUACACACCAUCUCGACUACAUUGGCAUUGGCUGAGCAGCAUGGUUGCCGUGGGCUCAAGGAGGAGUGCUUCAAUUUCCUCAAGUCUCCUGGCAUGAUGAAGGCGGUUGUGGCUACCGAUGGUUUCGAGCAUCUGAAGAACAGUUGCCCCUCCAUUCUUCAGGAGCUGGUCACCAAGCUUGCUCUCUGA